AUGGCAGAACCCAAGUUUGCGUCGUUCAAGUUGGUUUUGCUCGGCGAGUCUGCCGUCGGCAAGUCGUCCAUCGUGCACCGCUUCGUCAAGAACACUUUUGACGACAUGCGGGAGUCGACUAUCGGCGCGGCGUUUCUCACGCAGUCCGUCGCUUUGCCCGAGCUCAACGCCACCGUGAAGUUCGAGAUCUGGGACACCGCGGGGCAGGAGCGGUACAAGAGCUUGGCGCCCAUGUACUACCGCAACGCGCACGCGGCCUUGUGCGUGUACGACAUCACCUCCAAGGCGUCGUUUGCGCGGGCGCAGGACUGGAUCCGCGAGUUGCGCCGCCAGGCGCCCGAGGGCAUAGUCGUGGCGCUCGUGGGGAACAAGGCCGACUUGGCGAGCGCGCGCGAGGUCGACGCCGCCGAGGUCCAGGCGUACGUGUCGCAGCUCGAGGCGGCGGCCCGCGAAAGCGCCGGCGGGGCGCCGCGCGUGAUUCUCCGCGAGUGCUCGGCCAAGUCUGGCGACGGCGUCGCGGGCUUGUUUGACGAGAUUGCGCGGGCGUUGCCGGUCGAAGAGGCGGGUGCGCGGCGCGGCGUCCAGGCCCGGAAGGUGGAGUUGGCGGGGCGCGCGGCGCUGCUGCUGCUGAGCUGCUGUUGA